CGUACUGCAGAAAUACAAAGAGUUCCUGCCCGUUACCGAGAACACCCCCAUGUUCUCCCUCGGGGAGGGAGACACGCCCCUGGUAAAGUCCAACCAUCUCGGCAAAGAGUUGGGCUGCAAGGAACUCUACUUCAAGCUGGAAGGCUGCAAUCCUACCGGUUCCUUCAAGGAUCGAGGCAUGGUGGUCGCCAUUGCCAAAGCCGUGGAAGACGGCGCCGCUGGCAUUAUGUGCGCCUCCACCGGCAAUACCAGCGCCUCGGCAGCGGCCUACAGCGCCUACCUCGGUCUCCAGGCCUAUGUCCUGAUUCCCAAGGGGAGGUGGCGCUGGGCAAACUCGCCCAGGCUAUGGCAUACGGAGCCAAGAUAAUAAUGGUGGAGGGCAAUUUUGAUGUCGCCCUCAGCCUCGUCAGAGAAUUCACGAAGAAUCAUCCCAUUACCCUGGUCAACUCCGUUAACCCCCAUCGCAUUGAAGGUCAGAAGACCGCAGCCUUUGAAGUCGCCGACGUUUUGGGCGAUGCCCCGGACUACCUCUUCAUUCCGGUUGGCAACGCGGGUAACAUUACCGCCUACUGGAAAGGAUUCGUCGAAUACCACCAGUUGGAACGCACCAAAACUCUUCCGCAUAUGAUGGGUUUCCAGGCCGCUGGCGCCGCCCCCAUAGUCCAUGGCUAUCCUAUUGCCAACCCGCAGACCAUUGCUUCCGCCAUACGCAUUGGCAACCCGGCCAGUUGGCAACCGGCCAUUAAGGCCCGGGACCAGUCCGGAGGCACCAUAGACAUGGUCAGCGACGACGAGAUCCUCGAAGCCUACCGUCUCCUGGCCUCCCGCGAAGGGUUGUUUGGCGAACCGGCCUCGGCGGCCUCGGUUGCCGGGCUGAUGAAGCUGGUAGAUCAGGGGUUGAAUCUAGCCGACCAGCGUGUAGUAUGUAUCAUUACCGGAACCGGUCUUAAGGACCCCGACCUCGCAGUAAGUAGCGUCACCGCCCAGACCAUCGAGGUGGAGCCAACCAUGGAGGCCGUAGAAGCGGCAACCCUGUCCCCCGUAUAA